AUUAAUUAAAUCGUCGCAAAAACUUUAUACUAAUAUUAAUUAUUCUCAACCAAUGGGUGAAAAAAUCAAAGUUGAAGGAGCAGAGAAGAAGAACGAAAGUUCAAUUGUUUUAAAACUGGAUUUGCAUUGUGAAGGUUGUGCACAAAAACUCAGACGAUUCAUUCGCCAUACUCAUGGUGUGGAAAAAGUGAAAUCGGAUUGUGAAACUGGAAAACUGACGGUUAAAGGUGACGUUGACCCUUCAUGGCUCCGGGAGAGAGUGGAGAUCAAAACCAAAAAGAAGGUGGAGCUUAUAUCAUCGCCGCCCAAAAAGGACGCCGGAGAUAAAAAGAGCGGCGGAGAUAAAAAGUCCGGUGAAAAAACAGAGGACAAGAAGGAAGACGAGAAGAAACCCAAAGAGGCUCAAGUAAUCAGUGUGGUGGCAUUAAAGAUUCGGGUGCAUUGUGAUGGAUGUGCACAUAAAAUCAAACGAGUUAUUAAAAAGAUUAAAGGGGUACAAGAAGUGAAUAUAGAAUCAGAAAAAGAUUUGGCCACGGUAAAGGGGUCAAUGGAUAUAAAGAAGUUAACUCCUUAUUUGAUUGAUAAAUUGAAGCAAAAUGUUGAAGUGGUUCCAUCUAAGAAAGACAAUGAAGGUGGUGAAAAGAAAGCCAAGGAAGGUGACAAUGACAAGAAGGAGAAAGAGAGCGGCGGUGGCGGCAAAGGCGGUGACAAGAAAGAAAAAGGCGAUACGGAGAAAAAAGACGGUGAAUCAAAGGUGGCUAGUGGUGGUGGUGGAGGAGGAGGGAGUGAGGUGGUCAACAAAAUGGAAUACUAUGGUUAUAAUGCAAAUACAUUUUACGCGAUGCCUAUGCAACAUCAGAGUUAUAUGAAUCAAGACUAUGGCGCGACAAUGUACAAUCAUGGUUAUGCUCAUACGGGCUACGUAGUCGAGUAUGGCCACCAGCCUCAGUAUGUGCCACCACCUCCUCCACCAACAUACCUGAACGCGCCUCAAAUGUUUAGUGAUGAAAAUCCUAAUGGUUGUUUUAUUAUGUGAAAAUGAUCAACUUUCGUCCACCUUUUUGGAAGACUCAAACUCUAAUUAGGAGUCUUGUCUAUGAAAUAGAGCGACCUCAUUUUUAUUUGAUUGGUUCAGCUAAAUUGUACAAAAAUUUAAUAUGUAAAAGCUGAAAAAUAGAUACUAUAGAGUGUCGUCUUAGGAAAUUUUAUUAGUUAAUUAGAGCUAAACCACCAUCGAGUGGUGGAUUAAUCAGUAUUUAUUUAUCUAUUUAUUUAUUUUAAUUUGUAUGCCAUUUAUAUUCGUUGGUAGCUUUAAAUGUAAUUCAAUUUUUGGCAAUUUAUAUAAUUUCGUUUAGUUGGUA